UAACGUGCCGGCUCCAUGUCGCGGCUUCGGGCUGCCCAGGCUCCGCCCCCUGUGAGUGUGUAAGUGUGUGAUGCUGCCGCGGCCGCCGCCGCCUGUGCAGCCGCCGCCGCCGCCGCCGCCGCCGCUGCCGCCUCGGCUGCCGCCGCUGCCCGGGUCGCCCCCGCCGCCGCCGAUCCCGCCCCCGCCGCCGGCCAGCAGCCCGCCAGGCGGGCGGCCCCUCCGGCCCGAGCCCCCUGCGCCUGCCGCCGCAGCGUCGGGGCGCUGGGUGCGCGGGCAGCCGCGGAGCGAGCGGACCCGAGCGGGCGACCGGGCACUCGCCCGCCGGGUGCCACCGCUGCCGCCGCUCCGGAGCGCAGGACCCGGCACCUCCGGCGUCCGCCGCCGCCGCCGAUGCGGCCUGGGCACUUUUAGCCGGGCGGGAGGGCCGGAGAGCCGGGCCGCCGAGAGCCGCGAGCGAGCCGCGCCGAGAGCCGCGCCAACCCGCCGCGAGCAGGGACGGACGCCCGCCCGCCGCCGCCGCCGCUGCCGCCCGGCCGCUAUGGAUCUAUUCGACUUUUUCAGGGACUGGGACUUGGAGCAGCAGUGUCACUAUGAACAAGACCGUAGUGCACUUAAAAAAAGGGAGUGGGAGCGGAGGAAUCAAGAAGUCCAGCAAGAAGAUGAUCUCUUUUCUUCAGGCUUUGAUCUAUUUGGGGAGCCCUACAAGACAAACAAAGGGGAUGCACUUGCCAACCGAGUCCAGAACACGCUGGGAAACUAUGAUGAAAUGAAGGAUUUGCUAACUAACCAUUCUAAUCAGAAUCAUCUAGUGGGGAUCCCAAAGAAUUCUGUGCCCCAGACUCCCAUCAACAAAAAUGAACCGAGCUUUUUCCCAGAACAAAAGAACCGAAUGCUCCCACCUCACCAGGAUAGCACUCAUCCCUCAGCACCAAUGCCUCCACCUUCCGUCGUGAUACUGAAUUCCACUCUCAUACACAGCAACAGGAAAUCAAAAGCUGACUGGUCACGUGAUAGUCAUAACGCUAACAUUGUCCCAGCCAACCAGGCCAGUGGUCAGCCAAACAAGCUGCCGCCGUCUACACAGGACCAACCCCUAGCCCGACUGGAAGACUUCUUUGUCUACCCAGCUGAACAACCCCAGGUUGGAGCCACUGAAGAGUCAAACGUGUCUGCAAAGGAAGACAGUAGUCUCAAGUCCAGUGCAGGGGAUACGUUCAAAGAAAUCUUUCAGUCCAUCUCAUCAGAAGAAUCUGAAUUUACAGUGCAAGCUCCUGGGUCUCCCCUAGUUGCCUCCUCUUUGUUAGCUCCCAGCAGUGGCCUUUCAGUUCAGAACUUUCCACCAGGGCUUUACUGCAAAACAAACAUGGGGCAGCAAAAGCCAACUGCAUAUGUCAGACCCAUGGAUGGCCAGGAUCAGGCACCAGACGUCCCUCCAACACUGAAACCUUCAAUUGAAUUUGAGAACAGCUUUGGGAAUCUGUCAUUUGGAUCACUCUUGGACGGAAAACCCAGUGCAGCCAGUUCAAAGCCUAAACUGCCAAAGUUCACGAUUCUCCAAACAAGUGAAGUAAGCCUUCCCAGUGAUCCAAGCUGUGUUGAAGAAAUCUUGCGGGAAUCCCAACACCUGACUCCAGGAUUCACCUUACAAAAGUGGAGUGACCCAACCAGCAGAGCUUCUACGAAGAUGCUUGAGGACGACCUGAAGCUGAGCAGUGAUGAAGAUGACCUUGAGCCUGUAAAGACCUUGGCCACUCACUGCACCACCACUGAGCUCUACCAGGCUGUUGAAAAGGCAAAACCUAAGAAUAAUCCUGUAAACCUACUCUUGGCCACACCUCAGCCGCCACCCGCAGUGCCAGCCAGUGGGGGAUCCGGCAGCUCCAGUGACUCUGAAAGCAGCUCUGAGUCAGACUCAGACACGGAGAGUAGCACCACCGACAGUGAAUCCAAUGAGGCCCCUCGUGCAGCCACUCCAGAGCCUGAGCCACCCUCCACCAACAAGUGGCAGCUGGAUAAAUGGCUUAACAAAGUGACAUCCCAGAACAAGUCAUUUAUUUGUGGCCAAAAUGAAACACCCAUGGAGACAGUGUCUGUGCCUCCUCCUAUCAUCCAGCCAAUGGAAGUCCAGGUCAAAGUGAAAACAACCCCCAGCCAGAUCCUGGCUGAACCCAAAGAGAGGCCUCUCCUCAGUCUUAUUAGGGAGAAAGUUCGUCCACGGCCGACCCAGAAAACUCCAGAAACCAAGGCUUUGAAGCAUAAGUUGUCGACAACUAUUGAGACAGCCUCUCAAAGGACGAUUGGAAAAAAACAGCCCAAAAAAGUCGAGAAGAACACCAGCAUUGAUGAGUUUACCUGGCCCAAACCAAAUAUUAUCAGCAGCACCCCCAAAGAAAAAGAAAGCAUGGAGCUUCCUGACCCACCAAGAAGCCGCAACAAAGUCACUGCCCACAAACCAGUCCCUAGGAAGGAACCAAGGCCAAACGUUCCCCUGGCUGCUGAGAAAAAGAAGUACAGAGGGCCUGGGAAGAUUGUGCCCAAGUCCCGGGAAUUCAUUGAAACGGAUUCGUCCACGUCCGAUUCCAACACCGAUCAGGAAGAGACCUUACAGAUCAAGGUCCUGCCUCCUUGCAUUGCUCCGGGAGGCAAUACCGCCAAAUCCAAGGAAGUCUGUGGUGUCAGCUUGACCCUCAGCUCUUUGGUCAGCAACAGUAGCAACAACAGCCUAACCACCGUUAGUGAAGAGCCUGCAUUUUCACCCAUCCCUGUCAUGCAAACCGAGCUGUCCCCACUACGAGAUCAUGAGAACCUGAAAAAUCUGUGGGUGAAGAUUGACCUUGACCUGCUGUCUAGAGUACCUGGCCACCACUCACUGCAGGCGACACCAGCCAAGCCAGACCCCAAGGAGCCUGCAUCCAAGCCCAAGCGCCAGACCACCACUGCAGCCGCUGAAAAACCCAUCCUGAAGGGCAAGCGUAAACACAAGCCAACAGAGAUCGCAGAGAAAAUCCCUGAGAAGAAGCAACGCCUGGACGAGGCCCCCUCUAUCUGCCUGCUGCCCCCUUGCAUCUCACCAGCGCCACCCCACAAACCUCCGCACAGUAAAGAGAACAGUUCAUCCAGGAGAGCAAAUAGAAGGAAGGAAGAAAAGCUGUUUCCUCCUCCACUUUCCCCACUGCCAGAGGACCCUCCACGCCGCAGAAACAUCAGUGGCAGCAAUGGCCCCUUUGGUCAAGACAAGAACAUCCCUAUGAUCGGACAGAUCACCUCUACUAAACCGAAGAGAAGUGAAGGCAAAUUCUGUGCUACUUUCAAAGGGAUAUCCGUAAAUGAUGGAGACACUCCAAAAAAGACAAGCUCUGCUGCCAUUACGGUUACCAACACAGCUAUUGCCACUGCCACUGUCACUGCUACUGCCAUUGUCACUGCCACUGUCACGGCCACUGCAACUGCCACGGCCACAGCCACUACCACAACCACUACCACAACCAUCUCCACCAUCACCUCCACAAUCACUACGGGCCUCAUGGAUAGCAGUCACCUGGAGAUGGCAUCCUGGGCAGCCCUGCCUCUUCUGUCCAGCAGCACCGCCAAUGUCCGGAGACCCAAGCUCACUUUUGACGACUCGGUUCACAAUGCUGAUUAUUACAUGCAAGAGGCUAAGAAGCUGAAGCACAAAGCUGACGCACUGUUUGAGAAAUUUGGCAAAGCCGUGAAUUACGCCGACGCAGCCUUGUCCUUCACCGAAUGUGGCAAUGCGAUGGAGCGUGACCCUCUAGAAGCCAAGUCUCCCUAUACCAUGUACUCUGAGACCGUGGAGCUCCUCAGGUAUGCGAUGAGACUGAAGAACUUUGCAAGCCCCUUGGCUUCGGAUGGGGACAAAAAGCUGGCGGUAUUAUGCUACAGGUGUUUAUCACUUCUCUACUUGCGGAUGUUCAAGCUGAAGAAGGACCAUGCUAUGAAGUACUCCAGAUCACUGAUGGAAUAUUUUAAGCAAAAUGCCUCAAAAGUCGCUCAGAUACCGUCUCCCUGGGUAGGCAAUGGAAAGAACACUCCAUCCCCGGUGUCUCUCAACAAUGUCUCUCCCAUUAACGCAAUGGGCAGCUGUAACAACGGCCCGGUCACCAUUCCCCAGCGCAUUCACCACAUGGCCGCCAGCCAUGUCAACAUCACCAGCAAUGUGUUACGGGGCUACGAACACUGGGACAUGGCCGACAAACUGACAAGAGAGAACAAAGAAUUCUUCGGCGAUCUGGACACACUGAUGGGGCCCCUGACCCAGCACAGCAGCAUGACCAACCUCGUUCGCUACGUUCGCCAAGGACUGUGUUGGCUGCGCAUCGAUGCCCAUUUGUUGUAGUGGGGGCCCCCAUCUCCAGCAUCACCACCCUUCACUCUACCUCUACCAGAGCACCAAUGGUCACUGGUGGAACUCCACUCACUUGGGAAAGUUCUCUUUGCUUAUGUUUGUUUUUACCCUUCUUUUGAUAUCUGUGAAAAACAGAAGUUAUUGUAAGUGGACACUACAACUUGAGAGCAGUAUGUUUUAUUACUUAGUCAUUUUUCAGUAUUUUAUAUGCAUUUCUCAGAUCCCACCAUCCUUUUGUGCUUGAUACAAUGAUACAGUCCCUACAAUAUUGUUGUAAGCCCACACUACCCAAAACAAAAAAUGAGAAGUACUUGUGAUGAUAACACAUUCCUGAGAAAUGAAAUGAAAUGAAAUGCCAUAUAUAUAUAUAUAUAUAUAUAUAUAUAUAUAUAUUCAAAGGACCUACAAAGAUUCAAAUUUUCCACAAUAGCUAUUCCCCAAACUGUACUCUUAUGUCCAGAAAAAAAACAUGUAUUUCAGAAUCCAUUGUUAAAAUUUUGUGGUUCCCACAGACCCAGUAUCCAGGUGAGAAUUUUCAUUGUCAACCCACUGGUUAGAUGUUGUAGCCACAUCAUAAAAUCAAGAGUAUUAAGAAAAUAAACAAGCAUAGCAAUGCCACUCUCAAACCAAUACUACAUACAACCAGAGGACUUUCUUGCUGGCAUCCCUUCUCUGAUGCCCUAUUUUUAAAAUGUUAAUGAGAUGAAGUGGCAACAUUUAUUUUGACAACUUUAAGGCAUCAGCUGGCAUUAAAUAUUUUUGAACUCCCUGAUCUGAAGCACAAAUCCUCACCUGGGAUUCUAUUUGUGUAAAGCUCUCCUUCUGAGGGGCAGUUAAAUGGGUGUACACCCUAGGAGCCAAAAUACUGCACUCCAGUUUUAGAGAUGAGAGAUUAGAAGUCUGGAAAUGUCCAAGGAACUCAUACCUCUGCCUCUUUUGCAGCUGGUAGGCAGGUCCAUUGCUGGAAGGAUAUUUUUAUUGUAUUUUGCUCAAAUCUCAGAAAACAAAUUCAAGUUAUCACUACCUAGGAGUUAAAAUAUACAGUUUGCUUCUAAUUAUAAUCCACAUUUUCUAGUUCACAGUGUUUCUCCUUCUCCUCCUCCUCCUCCCCCUCCUCCUCCUCCAACUACUACCCUCCUCCUCCUCCUCCUCCCUCUUCUUCUUCUUCUUCUCCUUCUCCUCCUCCUCCUUCUACUUCUUCCUCCUCCUCCUCCUCCUCCCCUCCCCCUCCUCUUCUUCCCCUUCUUCUUCUUCUUCCUCUUCUUCUUCUUCUUCUUAUUAUUAUUAUUAUCAUCAUCAUCCUACUUCCUCUUUCUUCUUCUUCUUCUUCUUUUUCUUCUUCUUCUUCUUCUUCUUCUUCUUCUUCUUCUUCUUCUUCUUCUUCUAUUUCUUCUCCUCCUUCCCCUCCUCCUUCUCCUCCUCUUCUUCCUCCUCCUCCUCCUCCUCCUUCUUCUUCUCCUCCUUCUUCUUCUUCUUUCUCUUUUCUUUGAUAUUUCUUUGCCUUUUGGGGGGCUCAUUAACUUUUGACUGAAUACUGAAAUCAGUGAUGUUAUUCCAGUCUAUAUUAGCAUGAAUCAUUUCCAUGAACAUUCCAGGGAAAACCCCAAGCUCUCUAAGUAGUGGCUAACCCUUUAACUAAAAAUAAUUCUUGAGGUAACACUUCACUCUAGGGUGAUUUGAAAGAGCCCUGAAGAUUGGGAACAGCUCACCUAAUUUGGAGAUAUUUCCACAUCAUUUGUAACUAUUGUCACCCUUUUUGAUCCUCCACAUUCAUUUUAUGUCCCCAAACAUCACCAUGUAAAUAUCAUCUUUGGUGUUCCAUCUCACCAGAAGAAUCCCCCACCUGUAGUCAACACUUGUCAUACGUUAGUUCUUUAUGAUUACCUGCUGGUAUAUGAUUCCAUGUCACCUUGAUUCUGUUGAGUUUAUUGAAUUCUGUUCACUGAGUUAUGACCAGACAAAUAAUAGACAUAUGCACAUGAAAGGUGCAAACUUGUGUGAUUCUCAAAGCCAGUCAUGCAACUCUGUGAUAGGAACAGCAAGGGAUCACCCUGCACUCUCAUUGUUGAGGUUAGAUACAUUCCCAGUUGCAAAAGUGCCAGACUCGAGCUCCACUCUGGUCAUCUUUGAGUUCAAGACCCUUUGUUUUAUAAUGAAGUUGUGGAAGUUGUACUCCAACAGCUGAGGCCAUGUGGUCAGGUGACACAGCAGCUGAACCUAGCACUAUCUAUGCUCCCGGUGUGGUUGAGCUUUAUAUUCGCAGUCUUUGCAACAACACACACACAUGCAGAUGUGCAUACAGACAAAUCAAACUGGAGAGAAUCUUCUCUGAGCCUCUUAAAGGGGGAAAAUGGUAAUAUGAAAGACUCCAAACACCUAAGGUGUGUGUCACAUAUAAAAAUGAAGCUGAUGGCUUUGUAGUGACUCAAGUUCUCUCUUCACAUUUCCAUGGCUUACCAGGUAGAGCACCUGACUAUUACUGCAUAAUGAAGCCCACUGGCUUGACUUGUAAAUUCAAUCUAAACCAUGAUCCUAGAUUUAGGAUUUAGGGGUAGAUUCUUGAAAUUCAGUCUCCAGAAACUAGACACUUACAUGUUAGGGGCAGUUUCCAAAGGAAACCAGCAUCUUGCUUCGUGAAUGAAAGGCCCAUAGCUCUAGUUUCAGUGAGUCCUUUUAUCUACUUUACAUACAACAGGGAGGCAUCAGAGAAUCCUGCUACCUGAUGUCACCUCCAGUGGCUGACCAUACAGUGUGUGCCAAAUCAGCAGCACGAUGAUCACAUCUGACAAUUGAAUCCAGGAUCAUCACCUGAUUAUUUAGCAGAUUCAUUUGUAAAGCAGCCUAGAAGCCAAUAAAACAUAGAGGAGGAAUGGCCUUCCUUUCCCCGGAGAUGAGACAGUCUUUGGUUUCACACUUAAGGAUUGUUGCUAUUUUCUAGGCACUGUAUCUAUCACAUUGUGAAUGGUGAUGUGUGUCAUAGGUGUGUGCCUAUGUGAGGGAUGGAGAUAUUUUGCCAAGUAAAUCUCUUCAGUGUACCAGUUUGUGGGAGGGAGGGAGGAUGUGUGGAUGGCAGUGAGAGAUCCUGCCUGGAGACCUUGACGGAGGCUUGGUGAGACACAUCUCAAUGAGCACACAGAGAUGGGGAAUGGACAGAGUAAUGGGAAGCUCCACCUGAGCAAGUACACAGAAGGAUGGCAGCCACCACUAUGCCUUCCUUUGUCACCCAAGCUCCAAACACAGAGAGUUUGACAAGUUCGUGUUAGGAUGUUGGCUGGGCUUUGUAUUUUUAAUUAACUUUGGAUUUUUUAGUGGUUUUGUCAUAUUACUGUCUGAGUUUGGUAGGUAGAAUUAAUUUGAAAAGAGUAUACUAGUGUGGUCCUCGGGGUAUAAUUUAGCCGUAAGCAUGUUGUUAGCCAGCCUGUAGACUGUUAAUUACUUAAUAAUCUCAUUGGGAAAAUACUUGUAGUUUUAUAUUUGGAUGACAUAAUUGGGAAAGCAGAUUAGCUGCUGCUAACUUUUAAAAGACUUGAGGCUGACAUAAAAAAAUUCAAAUCUUCAGUCAAUAACCAAGUUGCUAAAUUGGAAACCAUUGCUAAAAUGUGUUUCGUUGAGUUUCCAAACGUACGGAUUUGCAUUUGGAUAUUGCGCUGCUAAAUGCAUUGGAAAGAUACUUGCUCUGUCAUAUCUUUCCCAAAGCUGUCUGAUUUGGAGUUCAUUUUAUUCAAGUUUGCAUCCUGGAGGUUGAAGUUGGAGUAUGAAGUUGGAAAGCUUUUUUGAAGGCAGAAUCAAUUGAGCUGUGAGGGCUUCCCCUUCACAUACUUCUCAACAGACUUGAUAACAUUCACCUGCGUGAGCUGGCAGGUGCAAGAACCAAACUGGAUCACUGGGUAGGACUACUCAGUUAAGGCAAAUGAACUGCUUGCUUAGAGAAGCAUCACUAUCCCCAUUGAGAAACUGUGUGGCGAGACAGUGUAGCUACACAAUAUCAAAUGAAUGGGUUGAUUAAGUGCCCCCCAAAUCAAUUCUGUGGGGGUCAGCUGUUGAGCCAGUUGUCACUGCUCCGUUACGCAACUGGCAAACUAAACUCCUCUUCGUCGUUAUGAUUGUUGUUGUUGUUGCUAUUGUUGUUGUUGUUGUUGUUGUGUCGUUGUUUGUCAUUUCCACCCGCACAGCCUUAUUCUCAUAAUUAAACCCUGAUUCAUUUUCUCUUUGGUGUUAGCAAACUCCAACAGCAGAGAUGGCAUCUGUGUAUUGAUAACUGGCAUUUACCCUGGCAGGAGGCUAAUCGGAUAGGCUGGUCUCAGACGUUAAUCCUACCAUCUGAUAUUUUCAGGGGAAAAAAAGUAAUUCCCUUUCCAUUCUCCUCCUUGCAAAUCUAGAAGCCCUCUUUACCAAGAGCAUCACAUUUUCCUCUGUAAUCCAUCGACUCAAAGAAAAUUGCAUUGUGGGGAGGGCGGAGGGGUAUGGGGUGGUUGGGGGGGGUGGAGGGUAGGGAAGUCCUUCCAAGCCAGGCUGCAGUUCUUGCCCCAUUCUGCUUCUGACAUGAGAUGUUAAUGAAUCAUUCAUCAGGCUCACAUUGGAUUAGGGGACACUGAACUGCUUUUCCAAUCCAUGAUCAAUCAUCGUUCUUCUAAGAGAUUGGAGCUUUGCUGUUUCAUUAACUGUGCAGUGUAGACUAAUGGUGUUUAAUAAAAAUCAUUCAAAAUUUCAAACUCUUUGCCAGUGACCUUUUUGCUUUGUCUUAGACUUUGAGGAGGGAAGGGGGAAGCAAAGGAAGCCUGCUCCCAGGCGCCUGGCAGCAUGCUGCGGUGGCGAACCCAGUGGCCGCCAGCACUUGCUGGUAAGUGGUGGCAGCGUGCAGACCAGCUGGGGGAAACCUGCGAAGAAUGCCACAGUGGAUGCUUCCAGCCGGAGGUAGCUUGUUUUUACUGAGGGACUUAUUAUUCUCCAGCCUGUGCAGCAGGAAGCCAGCUGCCAUAUUCAGAGCUUAAUAAGAACUAUAAAUGCUUUACCGACUUGGUUUCGGCCCACACCCCUCAUGGGGCUACCAAAUAGGAGAAGUAUCUCUAAGAGGAGAACCCGGGAGUGACAGCGGUAGCCCGAUACACUCCAGGUGCUUCAGCCUUCUGUGAACUCGGAGGCAGAAGACCUCCAGGCAGGAGGCAGAAUUGGAGAGACCCCCAAACAGGCUGAGUUGGUGCUGCAUUGCCCGGAUUGAGCUUCUCCUUUGGUCAGUCUGGCAUGCAACCAGUGGGGUACUGGUAAAAUGUUUAAUAGCCAGCUCUCUAAGAAUAUAAAGCUCCUGACUUACGUGUAGGGUUUGCCAAUUUCCAUAGUGUAAAUCUCCCCACCAUGGCUGAUGUCAAGCCACUGACUAUGAUGUCACAGUUCACAGAGUUGGGAAGAGAUGUACACAAAGUUGGGAGUCCAAGCAAGACAACUCCAACACACUGCCAAAGGCAGCCAUCCAAGGAGGGUUCUGAUUUCACAUUUAUUUUCACAGUGACACACACUUGCAAGCACACAGCUGUGCACACAUGCAUACACUUGUGUGACAAGCUGUUUCAUCACUUUCAAAUGUGAAUUGAUCCUCUAUGAUGUAGGUAGUUUGUGAUUCAGUGCAAGAUGUAUGGAUUUUAAGCAGGAGAGCUAAGAAGAAUGGCCUCUUGAGACCAAAGCACAAACAAAUGGGAGUGGGGGUAGGGGGGUCAACACAUCUCAAAGGAAAAACAGCAGUGAGAUCAGCUCUUAGAAAACCCACAUAGUUGGUUGAAAAUAGGAUUGGUGAGUGUUCUUUUAUCAUUAUUAUUUUGUAAAUGUCCAACUGGCAUUUUUUUUCCAACUGGUAUUUCUAACUUAUAAAUGUAACUUGGAUAAAUUAUUUACUCUUCAUCCUUCUGAUGACAACCUCUGUGUAGUUAGGAAACAUUAGGGCCUCUAUGGAGAAUAGAACAAACCAAAAUUCAUUGCGUUUUCUUGUGAUAUGGAAACUCAGUACUUCUCCCACCUCCUUCUUGCUGUUCAGAAGAUUUUUACUUUAGUUGUUAGGGAUCAAAGUUACGUGUUCAACAUGUGUUUUUAGUUAAAAGUAUCUACUUACUGUCCUAGCUCUGAAUUCAAACCAGAAUGUCUCCCGUAUCAAUUACAUGACUAAUACUCAGAACUGAUCAUCCAAACCAAAAUAAUUCCCUUUUCUACUCAAUAUAAGGAAAACCAGAGUCACUAACAAGAAGGCAUAAAUCUCAGUAUACUUUUUCAAGAGAGUGAGGUUUUCAUUAAACACACACACACACACACACACGUGCGCACACAUGCGCAACUUCUUUUCCUAGGCCUCCUCGUCGUAAAUAAUCCUGAGAGUACAAUAGAAAGUCUCAAAGGACCCAUUCUCUUGGUCCUGUGCAUCUUCUGCAGUGAAUAAGAGAUCUGUAUCUGUAAAGGUUGAAGAACUUGUCCUACGAUCUUAUUAUUCUUUAAACAUUUCCAUGUUCUGCCUGAGCCCACGCUCAUGGUUGAAUGUUAGACCUGAAGGAAACCCAUAUCCUACUCUUUCUUUCUAGCCUUUCUCUCUUUUACCCUUGUGGUUCCUUCUGUGGCCAGUACACUAACAGGGUGGCAGGGGGUCUUCUGUCCCUUCAUGGUAUUUGGGCAAUGUUUGUCCUACUGAAGAAUGGUAACAUCUGGGGCUGGUCUAAUUGACAUUGCAUUCACACAAGGACUCGGAGUCCCUGUAGACAAUGGACCAGUUAGCAUGGAUACAGAGAGUGAGAAAGACGUUCAUCAUCAUCCAGUGAUUGCCUAUUUCAAAACCAUCCUCCUUAAACAAUCAUAUUCACCCACAAAUAUUACAAAUGAGAUCGAUUCUGUCUCAAGACAAUUUGUCAAAUAGUUUUCUUCCUGGAUGAUUCGAGACUCUGGAUAUUCUAUAAAGAGAAAUGUCUGAGAUGAAAUCCCUCACAUUAUUCAGUUCUACAAAUUGCUGUAUUUAUUCUGGAGACUGAUAUCAAGUUGUCUUCAGAUAAAAUUAAUAUAUAAGUGAGCCCAGUUUCAAUACCAUGCUCAUAGUGUUCCUUGGGAUCAGUAGAUCCCUAAAACUCUUCCCCUUGACACACUGGUUAGUUGAGGGACAUUCCCUUCAGAUCCUCCAAAGAAAAGUCUGGUUUCAUUUCUGGUUUUGUGGUUGUGGUUGUGGCUGUGGUUGUGACCUAUUUCUCUCCCUCUCUCUCUCACCCUUACUCACUUGCUUUGGCUCUGGCUGUCGCUUUCCUGCUUGGGCUCUUUCGUUCUCAAAACAAAUAAAUAGUUGAGUUAAACGUGAGCUUUUGAAUUGUACUUCUUCAUGCUUUUAAGACAUAACAGAUUAAUAAAAAUAGAUGUGUUCUAAUUUAAAACAUACCACCUGGAAAGGCACAUUGUAUUGUGAAAUGAUGAAAUUAGAAAUAUUAGUCUGUUGAAUCCAUUUGUCCAAUUGGAACUUUGUGGAGCGCUGGUUUGACCUUUAUGAUGUAAUUUUGGAGCAAGUGGAGUGGUUGCAGGCAGAUGAGACAGUUUACAUUCAGGAAUUUGCAAUGAACUAUAUAGUUGGAGGCCUGGCAAAGGCAAACAUCUUCAGAUGUUGUUCUAACCAUUAUAAAAAUGAAGAACGCAUUUCUGUUCUAGAAAUUUUUCAGAAUCUUUCCAUCAAGAAUUUUUUUUAUAUUCAUCUUUUUUCUUUUUUCAAUUCUCCUUUUCUUUUAGUUUUUUUUGAAGCUGUUUAUUAUUAUUGACUGAAGAAAUAUUUUGAUUGUAUUGUUUCUCUGUUCUCCUCCUUCUCUGUUUCUCUCUCUCCUCUCUCUCUGUGUCUUUCUCUCCAUUUAACUAUUGAAAUCUGGAGUCUUUGGUAAAUCUGCAUUAGAUUGCUCUGUAAGCAAGGAAUGAAAUCAAGAUCUAAACAAACUUUGAUGGGAUUUCAAAGAGUAACACUCCAUGUUCAUUGGGCCCUUCCACGCCCCAAAUUGACAAAGGAUAAGACAGAGGUACUUCUUGCAGCAGGGUACUUUUAUAAUAUCCUCUGAGACCUGAUGCAGUUUAACAAAUGACUCCACCUGUUUUUCCAGGUGGAAAACAGCCACUUGACUGAGACUUGAAAAAUACCCCUGAGAGUUGCUGGGGUUGUCUGCCUGGUCUACAGUGUGUGUCUGCUUUGUAUUUAGGACACACAUUCAUGUAUUGUGUGCUCAUGUGAAGUAUUUCCUAGCAUUCUCAUUAGCCUGUAUAUAAGAACCAGAAAGAUAAUCCCAACAUGAUGUAAAUGAAGAUGUGACUCUAUAAACCUUUCCCUUACUCUUCAAAAGAGAAGACAUUUUCAUGCAUAUUGUAAACAGAAACUUUGUAUAUUUAAGUGUCACAGAAAAUAUGUAUUGAGUAACCAGGAUACAAAUGGGAAUUGAAUUGUCAUCAUCAGCUUUAUUGUGUGUUGGGCUUUGGGGGGGGGGGGAUUGCUGGCCAACACCAUGACCCGGACCAUUGUGGCAAGCCAUAACUGCACAAAUAGAACAUGUCAUCUCUGUAUGUGUGUGCACAUGUGCAACAUGUCUGGCUUGCCAUGACCCUCGCUGGAUUUUAGCUUUUCCUUCUUGAAAAAACAUUAUUUUGCAGUUCCAGGAGGCCAUGGCUACUAUUAUGUAGGAAGGCCGUGGUUUGAAAUGAAAACUCCUUUCCUUUUGGGAACUUUUAUCAUAACAUUAUGGUUCCACUACAUGGAUUCACUGGCCUUUGUGAGGGAAGAGGCUCUGUUCCAAUCCAACUGAGUUUCCAACAGAAAACCAUAGGACAAGACACAUGGGAGGGAAGAUAGAGGCCACCUCAGCUGAGUUGAGCCCUCUGGAUUGUACUGAACUUGCCUCGAAGCUGCAGCUCAAAUCCCUGGGGCCAGUGUCCUAGCCUGGGCUUCCUCCAUGUCAGUGGACAAGGAGAACCAUCAGAAAUAGCCUGGCCUGGAUCCUGAGAAGAAAAGGCCCUGCCCCUAGUGGAAGACCUUUUUCCACAGUGGUGGCAGUCCAGGUAGCCAUUGAAAUGCCAUGGAAAAUUCAUGAAGUGCCCCCUUUGCUUUACCAUGAUCUAAUGAGUCUUUUAAACCACUUUUUCUUGGGUGCAGAUCUCCAAUGAUAGUCACACUCGUUGCAGAUGCACGAACUAUCACUGUUCGUAAGCAUGCUCGUCUUGUCAGAAUUCAGAUGUUCUGUAUAGACCAAGGUCACUGUCCUUAAUAUCAAGCAAGGAAUGAAAUGGUAUCUGGUUGCUGAAACUGGUUUCAUGUGCUUCAUAUGUAUAAAACUUUAUCUGCCUGUGUGGCUUUGCAUUUCAAAUGUGUGGCGCACAAGCAUUCUGUUGGUGCUUUGUUCUCAGUACAGUAACUCUGUGUACAAACAUUCUAAUGUAAUUUUGUUGUUUUCCAACAUGAUGUCUCUGUAAAAAUGAUAUUGGCUGAGCUGGUGUGUUGGUUUCUCUCCUAGAGGCAUUAACCAUACUGCCAAUGCAUUGAAUUAUUUAAAAAUGCAAAAUAAAAUUUUUAUGAAA